GCGAUGGCGCUGCCGACCCUGUCCUCGCACUGGCCGAGCCGUCUGCGUCCCCUCCAGCGGCAGCUGGCGCGUCAGAGGGAGCAGGAGGCGCGGCGUCUCCAGCAGUGGCAGACGCACUCGCGGUAUUUUAAGGAGCAGCAGGUCCGAGGGAGCAAGCAGGCGCAGUGGAGCUCCCGGGAGUCGUACCAGCAGAGCAUGUCGGCGUUCUGGCGCGAGCGUCUGCACGAGGAGAAGAUGAAGAGCCUGGAGGAUCGGCGGGAGCGUCUGAGGAGCAUGCUGCAGGAGGAGAACACGCAGCUGGAGGCCGAGCUCCAGGCGUCUGCCCGCGACAGGAGCGCCACCCUGAGGCAGCAGCAGGACAGGACCGAGGAUCUCCGAUCGGCGCGAGAGGAGCGCAGGAAGAAGCUCGCAGAGGAGCUUCUGAAGGAGCGCUGGAAGAUGAACAAUCCAGAACUACGCAAGGUGGAGUCGGAGCUGCAUAAGGAUCAUGUGGUGAGCCAGUGGGAGGUGCAGCAGCAGCACAAAAAACAGGCGGAGGAGGAGGCCAAGGAGGAGACACGGCGUUUUGAGAACGAGUACGAGAGGAGCAGACGGGAGGCGCUGGAGAGGACGGAGGAGCAGGAGAGCAGGAGGAGAGAGGAGGAGAGGCAGAGAGUCGAGUUCCUGAGGCAGCAGAUGGAGGAGCUCAGGCUCAGAGAGGAGGAGAGUCGGCGUCUGCAGCAGGAGGAGGACGCUCUCAUGUCCCGGCGUUUGGAGGUGGAGCAGAUGGAGGAGGACCGGAGGAGAGCCGAGGAGACGCGCAAGAAAUCAGAGUUCGGACGCUCCCUGAGCCGGCAGUACCGGGCACAGCUGAAGAGACGAGCGCAGCAGGUCCAGGAGGAACUCGAGGCGGACCGGAGGAUCCUGGCGGCGCUGACUGAGGGCGAGGAGGAUGAGCGGCGCAUGGAGAGCGCGAGGAGGGAGCGGGCGGUGGCCGAUGUGGCCUGGAUGAGGAAGGUUCUGGAAGAGCAGCUGCAGGUCGAGAGAGAGAGAGAGGCCGAGUUCGACCUGCUGUACAGAGAGGAGGCGCAGAGGGUGUGGGACCAGCGUGAGGAUCAGUGGGAGAGGGAGAGGAGAGCCAGGGAGAGGCUGAUGCACGAGGUGCUGAGCGUGCGUCAGACGCAGCUGCAGGAGCGGAUGGAGGAGAAGCGACAAGCUCGCGAGGAAUGUGAGAGGAAGAGGGCGGAGCUUCUGCAGCAGUUGGAGGAGGAAGAGGCGGAGAAACGUCAGCGGAGGGAGGAGUCAGAGCAGCGACGCACCGCGCGCAUGCACGACAUCAACGCUCAGGUGGAGCAGAGGCGCAGGAAGCGGUGGGAGGAGCAGCAGAGACUCGAGCGGGAGGAGGCGGAGCUGAGGGAGGGGCUCAGGCUGCAGGAGGAGGAGCUCCGUUUGGAGGCGGAGCAGAUGACCCGGCGCGGCUACGAGGAGAAGAUUCGUAGCAGACCUCGCUCAGCCUGGACGUGACGACACGUGGACACGCCCACUCCCGUGGCCUGGUUGUUGUGUGUUUUCAACCAUUUCCUGACACCAGUGUGGGCGGAGCUUAUGUUCACGCUAACAUCGACAUCGCGUCUCUACCCGUAGCGAUCCAGUUUUAUGUUAUGCUAAGCGCUCUUGUGAGGUCACAUGAUCAGAUUUGCUUUCUAGUUUAACUUAUGCCCCGCCUUUUUUCUUUAACACAUCAUAAAAGUUCUCGCCAGCACACGUGUAAUUCCUCCAAACUAGAUUAGCUCAUGAGUGUUAGCUAGCUUCAUAGCCUAGCGUGAUGAUUUUAAUACAUUGAUUGUGUUUUGUAUCAAUGGAAUGUUCUGUAUUUAUGAAUUCUGUGUCGUCACACGUUUGUAAUUAAAACGAUUUUAUCAAA